AUGGCGCACCCCGAGUACGCCCACCCGCAGCAGGUUCCUUCUUCCGAAGAGGUCGAAAGACUCGAGAAGAUGAUAGCCAUGCUUUCCAACAUCCAAAGCAAGCAUCUCAAGCGCCCCGAGAGAGCUGCCAUACGCGACGACUUCACAUUGUCAAAGGCCGAGAGACGCUUCGUUCGAAAGCAACACGACUACCUUGACUGCGUCGCCGCCUUGAGCCCCGAACCCUUGGCUCUUUUCCCCGAUGGCUCUGCUGGUGCGAGCACCGGCUCGCACUACCUCUUCGCCUCACAGAACCCACACCGUGAUGACGACAAGGCGAAGCAGCAAUACACUGGACUGCAGCCCCAGCUCACUCUACCACAGAUCAACGGAUCUCUGGUCCCGGAUAGCACCGAUUCCUCAUCCGUCAUUAAGUUUGCGUACCGAUUGCUGGCAAAAGAGGAUUGGGAGCAACGCAGCAACAACAGCACUUUUCAAUACUGUCAGGACCUUCUCUCUCUAUUGAAGAAGUUUCACGGAGCUGCUAAGUCCGAUGAGCGGUUUCACUGGCUGAACCUGCUGCAUGAUCUCGUUUACGUGCGAAUGACCGAGAAGCUCCAUGGUUGCGUCACCGACAUAUUUGAGAAGCACAACUUUGGCACCAUCUGCAUGACGUCCGUCGAUCAGUUGGCCUCGCAAUUCAAAGCGACCUCCAUGGGAAAGUGUUUGCAACAGUCCCUUCGGUCAACUUCAGACCCAAUCACUGAACUGGACUUGAUGCCGUUCCAGAAAGGAGGUGCCACGAACCCUCAAGAUGAACUUCAACACUGCUUUCGGAAAGGUCAGACCCAAGCUCAAUCCACCCUGCUCAAGCAGAUCUACAAGGAGAUGCAGGUUCGGUAUGGUCGCGGCACUGCAGAAGACGGCGAGAGAGCCUGGGAGCGUAGCCCUCUGAACGCAAACGGAGACCCAGAGUAUGUUUUCUAUGACGAAAAGGGUCGUUCUGAGUUUCAAAAGAUCUUAUCUGGGGUCAUGAGAGCGGUCAAAGAUUCUACGACAGAACUGCAAAACGCCAAAACAGAAGCAACCAACUACGCCCGGAGAACGAGUAAAGGCACCAAGGAUUCCACGCAGCAAACCAUGGAGCAAUACCAUAUCGAGUCUCUUCAAUACCUCGUUGAAGCCGCCGUCCGUGCCUAUUCCUGCCUGGCAAGUCUUCGCGAGGACUUCAGCGAGAUUCUGCAGUCGCACUCCACGUGGCUCUACGCAACCCAUCAGCCUGGGGUCUCAGGCAUUGAUGCUAAGGGCACUGAUGAUUCUAGACUUCUGGAGAGCACGGCGAUCCAAUCAGGCUGGGAAGUGGCCGUGUCAGAUGCUGUGGGCAUGUUGUGCCGCCACCAAACUUCCCUCAACCACAUCAUGCACGCUUCACGCCACGUGACGAGAUUCGUUCUGCAAACCUCCAUACAGCCUCUUGUAACUGACUGGACGAGAAGGAACUUGACGUCCACGGCUGAAUUAUUGGCCUCCUUUAAGGGCAAUAAUGGAAAGCCGCUCCCGAACGAGGAGCAGCUUGCACUGGCUGAGUUCUUUGACGGCCACAAGACGGCCAAUUCAGAAGACUUGACCUAUCAUGCAGAAGGUGUUGGGCUUUGUGCCCAUGUGCUUGCACGGGUUCGUGACGAGGUGGUCAACUACAACGUUGGCCAUGAGACUGCCGACAAGUCUCUGCUUUUGCCUCGCCGAGAGAUCACUGAUCAUUUCCGAAAGAUACCCAUCCCCAUGGCAGUCAACAAGGGAUGUUGCGCGGUGUGCCACAUCAUGCUCGAAAUCUUAGAGCGCGAAUCAGGCCACAAGUUUCCUUGUUUGGGCGCCAGUUUCUCUAGUCAUUCGGGAUCCCAGAGCGACUGGAGCGCCGUUUCUAUCCCUCGCUGA